AUGAAUCAAAUGGAACAUAAUUAUAAGAUCAAAGACUACAAACGCUAUGAAGCUCCAGGGCCGUUUGUUCAAACCAGCUACAAGCUUAACUACCCACAACAAAGCUACCCUAACUCACAAGAGACGAGGCGAAUGGAGGAACGCUUUCAGAAAAUUCAAUGGCCGCGAAACAAGACUCUUGUGGGUCUGACAGAUCAAGGAGACAGAAUGAGGUUUACAAGAAACCAACAGAUAAGUGUUGUGACAAAUCAAAGUGAUCAUAUUGCCGAUGUACAGCAUCACAGGAAAGCAUUGCUCGAUACUGUUAAACGAAACAUCCACGUUGCUAGGGACGAAUUCGCCCGCGAGGUGUACGUUUCAAGACCCGGAGUUCGCGACCUUUUGCGAGGAACUCAGCCGCUUUACAAGGUUAUCAACAAUGGAACACUCUAUGGUUAA